AGGCGGAGAGGGAUUCGUGGGAGUAGGGUUGGGGAUGGAGCUGCUGCCCAAAGUGUGGAGCCCAGGGCGCAUGGUGCCCGGAGCCUCAGGCCUCUGCCUGCGUGAGGAGCAGAGGAGGGGGAUUGUGUGAUUGAGUGUGACAGGCGGGGCGUGUGUGUGUGUGUGUCCGGUCCAGGUUGGGCCUCCGUGACGGAGCGUGCGGUUGUGAGGCUGCGACUGGUGCUUGGCUCUGCGGUGUAUGUCCCUGACCCAGGUUCCUGCUGCUCUCCCCACCCUCCGCUCACAGCCCCGAGUGUCUGCUCAGAGCAGUGUCCCCAAGACGCAAGUCAAAUAUUGAGCCCUAGGAUGAAAGUUCCGGGCAAGAAGGCACAGACGGGCUUGAGAGGGGAAUGUUAGAGCUAGAAGUGUCCCUGAGACAGACUCCCGGGAUGAAAUGAUGGGAGGGUCUGUACUUGGAGGCGCUAUGGGUGCUGCUGCCUUUCUCGGAACCACAGCAUUCCCGUACUUCUGACCCACGGAAUCUGCUGUGAAUUCGAGGACAGCUUCCAGCCUCUCUCGCACAUCUGGUUAUGUGUGUGAGGUCUGGGCAGAUGUGGCCCUGGAGGGGAUUUUCUCGGUCUGUCUGUGCUCCAAGAAAGGCCUGGUGUCUCAUGAUUUCCUUCUUCCCCAAUCCUGCCAUUCUCCAAGAGAAGGAGCCUAAGGAGGAGGGAAGAAUUGUUGCACAUCUAAAAGUCCAGAUCAGCGAAUUACCUGUGCUCAAGUUUCAUUCAAAGGAAGCAAUCCUGGGAUACAGGGGAAAAAGCCAGAGUUGAAAGAGAAUUGGCUCUGUAUUUAGAGAUGUGGAUUCAAAACACAGCCCUACCUCUUACUAAUUGAAUUUUAGCAAGGAACUUUACUCUGAGCCUCUAUGACCUCAUCUGUUGAGUGGAGCCCUGGCUUCGCUGGACUCUGUGCCUCUCCAGUGGAGGAAGCCCAAAGAGGACCAACAGGUUCUUGCAGUUCUAAAACCAUGGCCCGUAUGUCCCUGGCAUUCCGGGACGUGGCCAUCGACCUGUCCCAGGAGGAGUGGGAGUGCCUGGGCCCUGUGCAGAGGGCCCUGUACAGGGAUGUGAUGCUAGAGAACUACAGCAACUUGGUCUCGUUAGGGUGCCGCAUUCCUAAGCCAGAUGUGAUUACUCUAUUGGAGCAAGAGAAGGAGCCCUGGAUGGUACUGAGGGAGGGGACGAGAAGAUGGUGCUCAGAUUUGGAGUCUAAGUAUGUCACCAAGAAGUUAUUUCCAGAAAGGGAUGUUUCUGAAAUACAUUUAUCUCAAUUGCAGACAGUGGAAAAAAGUAAAACCUACAUCCAUGAGGACACCAUUUUCAGAAAUGAUUUGCAGUGUAAACAUGAAUUUGAGAGACAAGAAGAACAUCAGAUGGGAUGCGUUAGUCAAAUGAUAAUCCACAAACAUAUGUCUCUUCCUCUACAUCAGAAAAUUCACACUAGAGAGAAAUCAUAUGAAUGUAAGGAAUGUAGGAAGGCUUUUAGACAACAGUCAUACCUUAUUCAACAUCUGAGAAUUCAUACUGGUGAGAGACCCUAUAAAUGUAAGGAAUGUGGGAAGGCCUUUUGUCGUGUGGGAGACCUUAGAGUACAUCAGACAAUUCAUGCCGGGGAGAGACCCUAUGAAUGUAACGAUUGUGGGAAGACCUUUCGACUUCAUUAUCACCUUACCGAACAUCAGAGAAUACACUCUGGUGUGAAACCCUAUGAGUGUAAGGAAUGUGGGAAGGCCUUUAGUCGUGUUAGAGACCUUAGAGUACAUCAGACAAUUCAUGCUGGAGAGAGACCUUAUGAAUGUAAGGAAUGUGGGAAGGCCUUUAGACUUCAUUAUCAACUUACUGAACAUCAAAGAAUUCAUACUGGUGAGAGACCUUAUGAAUGUAAGAUUUGUGGAAAGACCUUUAGGGUACAACGGCAUAUUAGUCAACAUCAGAAAAUUCAUACUGGUGUAAAACCCUACAAAUGUACUGAAUGUGGGAAGGCCUUUAGUCAUGGCUCAUACCUUGUUCAACAUCAGAAAAUUCAUACUGGUGAGAAACCCUAUGAAUGUAAAGAAUGUGGUAAGUCCUUUAGUUUUCAUGCAGAACUUACUCGACAUCAUAGAAUUCAUACUGGUGAGAAACCCUAUGAAUGUAAAGAAUGUGGAAAAGCCUUUCGUCUCCAAACAGAACUUACUCGACAUCAUAGAAUUCACACUGGUGAGAAACCUUAUGAAUGUAAGGAAUGUGGGAAGGCCUUUAUUUGUGGCUAUCAACUUACUUUACAUCUAAGAGCUCAUACUGGUGAGAUUCCCUAUGAAUGUAAGGAAUGUGGGAAAACCUUCAGUAGUCGCUAUCAUCUUACUCAACAUUAUAGAAUUCAUACUGGUGAGAAACCCUAUGGAUGUAAAGAAUGUGGGAAAGCCUUUCGUCUUCAAGCAGAACUUACCCGACAUCACCGAAUUCAUACUUGUGAGAAACCCUAUGAAUGUAAGGAAUGUGGGAAGGCCUUUAUUCGCAGCAAUCAACUUAUUUCACACCAGAGAAUUCACACCAAUGAGAAUACCUAUGAAUGUAAGGAAUGUGGGAAGAUUUUUAGUCGUCGCUACAAUCUUACUCAACAUUAUAAAAUUCAUACUGGAGAAAAACCCUAUAAAUGUAAAGAAUGUGGAAAGGCCUUUCGCUUUCAAACAGAACUUACUCAGCAUCAUAGAAUUCAUACUGGCGAAAAACCCUAUAAAUGUCAGGAAUGUGGGAAAGCCUUUAUUCGUAGCAAUCAUCUUACUCAACAUCACAGAAUUCAUACUGGUGAGAAACCCUAUGAAUGUAAAGAAUGUGGGAAGACCUUUAGUCGUCACUAUCAUCUUACUCAACAUCACAGAAUCCAUACUGGUGAGAAACCCUACAUAUGUAACGAAUGUGGGAAUGCUUUUAUUUGUAGUUACCAACUUACCUUACAUCAAAGAAUUCACACUGGUGAGAUUCCAUAUGAAUGUAAGGAAUGUGGAAAGACCUUUAGUCGUCGGUAUCAUCUUACUCAACAUUUUAGACUUCAUACUGGUGAGAAACCUUACGGAUGUAAAGAAUGUGGGAAUGCCUUUCGUCUUCAAGCAGAACUUACUCGACAUCACACAAUUCAUACCGGUGAGAAACCCUAUAAAUGUAAAGAAUGUGGGAAGGCAUUUAGUGUUAAUUCAGAACUUACCCGACAUCACAGAAUUCAUACUGGUGAGAAACCCUAUAAAUGUAAAGAAUGUGGGAAAGCCUUUAUUCGUAGUGAUCAACUUACUUUACAUCAGAGAAAUCAUAUGAGUGAGGAAACCCUAUGCAUAAUGUAAAGAGGAUACAAUGGCCUUUAGAAAAUGCCUUUUAUAACAGCAGAGAACUCAUAAUUUAAGAAAUUUUUUACUUGUGAGGGAAUCCCUUUUGUUUCAUGUGCAAAACUUAACAGAAAUAAUUUUAUACUAUAUAUUGAUUUAACAAGUUGAAAAUUACAGCAUCACCCAGUCUUGGUUAAACUUUCACAGACUGAUACUGGUACAAUGCAUCUCAGACCAAGGUAAAGGACCUUCCCCCCUCAAACUUGGUUAUUGACCAAUACUUUUAUAAAAUGCAAUAAAAUUGGAUUAUCAGAAAAAUGAAAUGGAAAGAAAAACACAUACAAAAUGAAAGCCACCAUUUUUUUAUUAUUGAAUUUAAUGGACAUAAAUUAGUUCUGUCAAAUUUCUGUAAAGGUUUCUAAACGCUUGCUCUCAGUAUCUGUACCUUAACUUAUUGCAGACCAGAAGCAAACAUCUGUGACCAGCAUCAGUACAGGGACCACACUUUAUAUAGCACUGUAACAGAAAAUAAUUCUGUAAAUGCAAUGAAUGUGGGAAAAGACUUUAGCCAUGGCACAUCUUUACUAUAAUUCUCAUAAUCCCACCUCUGCCUGUGUGAUAUUUGGCAAAAACUUCUCCCCUCUGUGCCUCAGUUUUAAAAUGGUGAUAAUAGUACCUCCCUAAUAGUAUUUUUGUGAAGAUGAAAUGUUAAUAAAACAACAAAACCUUUAGAAAAAUAUGUGCUCAAUAAAUAUCACUGUUAUUUUUAUCAUUAGUGAUGUUAGUAUUUCAUGUGAGAGGAAGACCCUAUGAGUGUAAAGAAUUUGUAAAAGCCUUCCAUUACCUUUCAGUCUUUACUUAAACCGAGAUAAUUAAUUGUGGAUAAAAUCCAGUAAAAUAAACUUCCAUUUCUAAUAUCAGAACUCAUCUCUGAAAACUAAUGUGAGAAAGGAAUCUCUAGAGCUGAUAAGUGUGAAGAUUAUGAGAGUAAAGCUUUUGAAGAAUCAGGGAGAGCUGUAAUGCUUUUUCUUUUCAUAAUCCAAAAAGCAUACAAAUUAUACUCUGCUUUUUGUGCCCAAAAUUUAUGACAAAUUAGAAACAACCAAAAGACUACUGUCCAUUUGGAAAAUUUUUUUUUUUUAAAUUACAGUGAACACUGGUAUGCCCUCUCUAGAUUUGGUGAUUGUAAUUAUAUUGUCGUAUUUGGUUUGCUUCUAUAUAAUUUUUUACAUAUUUUUUGCUAUGGUGUUUGAGUAUAAAUUGUAGACAUCAUGACAUUUCACCUUUCUGUAUAUAAUCAUGCAACUCCUAAGAAUAAAGACAACCUCCUACUUAAUCACUAUAUAACUUCGCACCUAAGGAGAUUAAUAAUAAUUCAGUAAUCUGUAAUAUUACAGAUAGAUACCAGUGCCUUAACCCAACAUAUCUGAAAGAAUGUCUCUGGGAACAGUAAUAUUUAAUGGUACUUGAAAAAUGUUCUGUAGUCACAGGCUUAUGAAGUUUUGAAUACUGAAUUUCUUCUAAGAAAAUAAUGCUUAUUAUCAGGUUAUCGAAAGACUUGAGUCCUACACUAAAGGAAAUUUGCUUGACUUUGUUUAAUCCCAGUGUAUCUUAAACCUUACUAAGGAAGUCCCAUUCACAAUACCUAAUGCCUUUGGGGUGUGAACCCACACUGGAAAUGUUGCCAUAACCAGAAAAGGGUGACCCUAAGCAAGGACUAUUCAGAUAAAAUGGCAGAUGCUUAGCUAUGUUGAGAAAAGAAAUGGGUGGUGUGUUUCUCUGCUGCUCACAUCUUCCUCUGCAAUCAGUUGCUUGCCCUCUGAAUGUAGGGCUGCUACUUUUCUACACAAUUAAAAACCCGUUUGGCCCAGUUUUUUAUAUGAACGUACUAUAAUGUAUUUAAACCUUCUUUUAUUCUUUAGUGUUCAAGUUUCAACAGUUUGUCGCUAUUUCAGAUAUACUUCAGUGAAUAUCCUUGUCGUGAUCAUUGGUUUAUGUGAGCCAGAAUUUCUUUACUUGUAUACACGUGGAAGUAGCAUUGCUCAUAUAUUAUAUAUUCUUUCAGUUAUGUUAGAUGUUGCUAAAUUGAUCAUGAAUUAUAUACACUUCCAAUUCUACUAGAUAUUGCCAAAUUGUUCUCUUAGACUCUUGUCAGUACUCAAUUUGACAGGAUUAUUUCUAUCAAAUUGAGUAUUCCUACAGCAUCACUUUAGAUAUAUGUUUUAAUAUAUAAUUUCAUAAAUUUCAAUUCCAGUUGAGCAUUUUUUCAAACAUGUUUCUUGGCCAAUCAUCAUUCCUUUACUUUGAGUUUCCUAUUCUUGACUU